UUUUUUUUUUUUAUUAUUGGCUUUUAUUUCACAUUUUCAUACAAAUAUUUAAACAUGGCUGCAAGACAACCACAACAAGGAAAAACAUAUCAAUUCAAGUUGGUUCUUUUGGGCGAAUCUGCUGUAGGAAAAUCAAGUUUGGUUAUGCGUUUUGUCAAGGACCAUUUUGAUGAAUACCGAGAGAGUACCAUUGGAGCCGCUUUCUUGGCACAGACCGUUUCUUUAGAUGAUAACACCAUUGUGAAAUUUGAGAUUUGGGAUACUGCAGGUCAGGAACGUUACAAGAGUUUAGCACCCAUGUAUUACCGUAAUGCCAAUUGUGCAGUUGUUGUUUAUGAUAUCACUCAGACCUCUUCUUUGGAAAAAGCAAAGGCUUGGGUUAACGAAUUACAACGCCAGGCUGAUCCUAAUAUUGUUAUUGCUUUAGCGGGAAAUAAGUCUGAUUUAGAGGCAAGAAGAGCUAUUGAGACAAAGACUGCCCAAGAGUAUGCCGAUGAAUGUGGAUUAUUAUUCUUUGAGACCUCAGCAAAGACAGCUCAUAAUGUAAAUGAACUCUUUACCGAAAUUGCAAAACGUAUGCCUCUUGACCAAUUAGCCAACAACACUCGUAAGCGAGGUGGAUUAAACACACAAGGCGUUGAUUUGGAUAACAGUAAUGCUGAAAAUGCAAAUGGAUGUGCUUGUUAAGGGCUCUGAUUUUUUUUUUUUUUGUUUUUUUUUAUAACUGAGUGUAUUUUGUUACCCAUCUUUCCUUCCCACCACUACCACCACCACCUCUCUUUUUUUUUCUUUUUU